AUGAAGCUUGUGAGCUGGAAUGCACGUGGUCUUGGGAGUGAUCGUGCAUUCCGUAACCUCUCCCGCUUAGUGUCCUCUUGUAAUCCUAGUUUGUUAUUUGUAAUGGAAUCUCGGCUUGUUAAAAAUGCUAUCAAUCAUGUUAAGAUCAAGCUCCAUUUUGAUUCGGGUUUAGAAAUUCCUAGGGUAGGUAGAAGUGGGGGCUUGCUUUUGUUAUGGACUAAUGAUGUAACUGUUACUUUGCGUUCCCAAUCUAUUAGUCAUUUUGAUUGUUAUGUGUCGUGUGCUAUUACUAAUGUCUCUUUUCACCUCACUUGUUUCUAUGGUGCUCCUACGGUCUCUCAAAGACCUCACACCUGGCAACUUUUGAAAAGAAUUGGUAGGGAUAACCCAAAUAUCCCUUGGCUCAUCAUAGGGGAUUUUAACGCUUUCCUUUUCUCGCAUGACAAACAAGGCGGUAAUCCCGAUAGGGGUCCCUCGGCUGACUUCAGAAACCUUUUGGACUCUUUUAAUCUCUCCCCCCUCGAGCCAACAGGGCCCUUACUCACUUGGAAUAACAAUGUGGCUGCCCCUAGAAACAUCCAAGAACGAUUAGAUUGGGGAAUCAUCAAUAGUGCUUGGACCAAUAUCUUCCCUGAGGCCGCUCUCUCUCAUUUGGGUUUCUUUGGCUCUGAUCAUCGAGCUUUGGAGUUAGAUACCGCUCCCGCCCCGGGCUCCCAGCAAAAGGAUACAAGAAAACGCUUUUUCUUCGAAAAUGCUUGGUUAAAGGACCCGAACUGGAGCCUGGCUUUCGAUAAAUCCUGGACUGGCUGCUCGGCCCAUAAUGACGCGAUCCCCAAUCUGGUUACUUCUCUCGACAGAUGUGCUACGAGCCUUAGCAACUGGAACCAUAAGAAAGAUUUCAAUUUCAAAAAGCACAUUUCUAAGAUUGAGAAAGAGUUGGAAAGGGCCCGCUCCUCUCCUGUGUGGGAUGACAGCACCAUAGCAAAAAUCAAAGAUCUUCAAGCCAAUCUCGAAACCCUCCUGUACAAGGAGGAAACUUACUGGAAGCAACGAGCAAGGACUCAUUGGCUGGCUCAGGGGGAUAAGAACACAAAAUUUUUUCACAGAUUUGCAUCCCAUAGGAAAAAGAUCAACUCUAUCCACAAGCUCCACUUACCAAAUGGUGGUGUUCUUUCUAAUGAGGAGGAUAUUACUCGGGAGAUCGAAUCUCAUUUUGCCCAACUCUUCUCUUCCUCCCAGCCUGUUGAAGAGGAUAUGCAAAAAGCCCUGGAAGGCAUCUCUUGUUUUUUAUCUGAUACGGAAAAAUCUCUCCUGAAUGAAGAAUUUUCCAUGGAUGAGAUCGAAAAAGCUUUUUCGCAACUUCCCCUGGACAAAGCCCCUGGCCCGGAUGGUUUCAAUUCUAAUUUUUACAAAGCUAACUGGUCAACAGUUAAAAUUGACGUCCUUAAAGCGGCCUCAAGUUUUCUCAAUGGAAUUGGUGAUGUGGCUCCCCUGAACACCACUCUCAUUACUUUAAUCCCUAAACUUGAUCUCUCCCAACCAGAGCGCUUUCCUCCCUGGCAGACUUAUUUCGGACAACAUCAUCAUAGCCCAGGAGGUCGCGCACUCCAUAAAGCUUAA